ACUCCCUCUUUCCACUGUCCCAGGUGGCAAAGCUGGCAGCUGUCUCUGCUGGGCUGCCUUUUGCAUGGAGUACCGUGUAUGCAGCAACAGAAAAGGAAUCCAAAAGUCAGCUGGUGAAGCCAAAUCAGCUCCCAAUUUACAGUGCACCUCCUCUGAAAUCCAAAUACAUUGAGGAGCAGCCUGGGCACUUGCAGAGGAAACUCUCCUCACUGAGACAGACAACUGGUCACUACUUUGGAUGGUGCAAGGGAGUUUUUGUCUUUGUUAAAAAUGGAGUAAGGGAUUCGAUUCAGUUUGGAAAAGAUGCCUAUGUGUACCUGGAGAACCCUCCACCAGACUUUCUCCCCAGAGUGGGUGUAAUUACUGUGUCAGGCUUAGCUGGCUUAGCUCUGGCAAGAAAAGGUUCUAGGCUUAAGAAAAUUGCUUAUCUCUUGGGACUUACCACUGUAGGAUAUUCUCUCUGUUACCCAGCUCAGUCAGUGGUCAUGGCUAAGGUGACAGGGAAGAAGUUAGCUUGUGCAGGUCGUCAGACCUAUGAGGCUGUGAGAUCACUGUGGGCAGACAAGGAAGCUGUCACCAAGCUGCAGCAAGAGUCAAAGCCAAUUGCUCAAGAAGAUAAGAAAAAGAAAGGGAAUUCUAGUGCAAAACCUGAGUCUGCUGUCGAGUCAAGAUCAUUUAACAGAACAGACUCUGCCCCAGUAGAGUCUUGGAGUAAUAAAGAUCCAGUGCCUUCAUCAGGAACAGUGAAGACACCAAAAUUUAAGCCUGAUCCAAAACUUAUGGACCAUGGACAGUCUAGCCCAGAAGAUGCAGAUAUGUACAGCACUAGAAGCUAA